ACUGCCGGCCGGCGCGACCGGUUCGGCCAAAUCGGACGCCGGGGAGACGGUGCACCAGCGAGUGACCAUGGCUAUAAACUCCCCCGUCCCGUCGAGCACGCCCUAAUCAUGAGCCACUCGCCGGUCGGGCUUCCGUAACCACGCCACCAAACCUCCGACUCCCCUCUUGGGCCAAGCCGGGAGCGCACGGCACGACACCGUCGCCUCCCCACGUUUCGAGCGACUCCACCCUCCUCGCUCGCAUUCCGAGUUCCAGCCAGCCAGCCAACCAACCACCGCUCCGUCUCCCAAAGCCUCGCCCUCCGAGAGCAGAGCUGCAGAGAGAGGGAGGCAGGAAGAGAAAAAAUAAUCCGACGGAAGGGACAAGGGCGCGGCGAGGGCGGGGACGGGGAGGAGGCCCUGGGCGCGGCGGCGGGGGCGGCAGGGGCGCCAAGCGCAUGGCGUCGUCGAGGGUGAUGCCGUCGUCCUCACCGUCGCACACGGCAUCGGAUCUCGCGCGCUUCGCGCAGGCCGCCAGCAGGCCCGGCGGCGGUGGGGGCAGCGGGCUGGGCUCCAUGAACGUCGAGGAGCUCCUCCGCGGAAUCUACAGCGACAUGCCCACCCCGGCGACUCCCGCGCCGGCCGCCGACCGCCCGAUGCCAGCGGCGCCGGCGCCGGCGCCGGGGAUCGCCGCGCGGAAGACGGCGGAGGAGGUGUGGAAGGAGAUCACCACGGGGGUUGGCAGUGCGGGGACAGCGGCUCCCGUGCCGCAGGCCGUCGUCCCCGCUGGCGCGGGAGGCGGCGCCGGCGCCGGCGGGCCGGAGAUGACGCUGGAGGACUUCCUGGCGAGGGAGGGCGCGGUCAAGGAGGACGAGGUUAGGAUUUCGGGCCCCUCGGCGCCGGCCGAGGGGCAAGUGGUCAUGGGGUUCCUGGGCGGAGCGGAGGGCGUGGGUGUGCCUGGCGGCGGAGGCGGGAGGGGAAGGAAGCGGCAGUUGAUGGAUCCAGUGGAUCGGGCUGCGAUGCAGCGACAGAAACGAAUGAUAAAAAACCGCGAGUCUGCUGCCAGGUCACGCGAGAGGAAGCAGGCUUAUAUCGCUGAGCUAGAGACUCUAGUCACGCAGCUCGAGGAGGAGAAUGCCGAGCUGUUGAGAGAACAGGAGGAGCGGCACCAGAAGCGGCUUAAAGAGCUUUUGGAACGAGUGACGCCAGUCAUUGUGAGAAAAAAACCGCCACAAGAUCUUAGAAGAACAAACUCGAUGCAGUGGUAGCCUUGAGCCAAGCUCAGCUGCCAUCCCCCUACAGUUAUAACAUAGCGUUUGAUCCUGUAUGUCAAUUUUCUAUUCUAUCUGCGGCAACUUAGUUGUAGUACCUUAGCAAAUAGCAUGAACAGUUAGCCGACACAAAGCUUAAAUGAAAUCGUGUCAUGUUAGUAGUGUUCAUGAGCAAGAAAGCCUGUUAUUACUGUUUGGUUAA